GCCAAAAUAUUUGAAGUUCAAAAUGGAAGAACUCUUGUGAUUUGAAAGUUGAAGCCACUAGCACUAGAGAAUUGGGAACCUGCUUUCACCAAAUCUUAAGUCCCUGCCAUUCCUAUCAUCACCGGUCUGUGUAUCUGACCCAGAACCUUAAUUAUUUUAUAGUAUUAUUUGUUUCGGGAAUAUAUGGUUCGCUUUGUUUCAAAUCGAAGUUUAGAGCCUGGCUCUUCUCCUGGUUUUAGCUCAUUGCGUGAAAUUGAAUGGGCAGAGAUGACCCUUCUCAGCAGAUUUUUUUAUAGAAGACCCCCGGAUGGCUUGCUUGAAUUUGUUGAAAGAGUAUAUGUUUUCGAUUCAUGCUUCUCGACUGAAGUCUUGCCAGACGGUAUGUACCAAGUAUAUCUACACGAAAUUGUAACCGAGCUACAUGAAGAAUUUCCAGAGUCAUCGUUUCUCGCUUUCAAUUUUCGCGAGGGAGAAAAAACAAGUAAUUUUGCGGGAAUUUUAUGUGAAUAUGAUGUUACCGUCAUGGAUUAUCCACGACAGUAUGAGGGUUGUCCCCUACUCCCAUUGUCUCUUAUUCAGCAUUUUCUACGUGUUUGUGAGAGUUGGCUUUCACUUGGGAAUCAUCAAAAUGUUAUUCUUCUACAUUGUGAAAGAGGGGGCUGGCCGCUUUUGGCAUUUCUGUUAGCUAGUUUCUUGAUUUUUAAAAACCUGCACAGUGGAGAGCGUAAGACUCUUGAAAUUGUUCACAGAGAGGCUCCUAAAGGUUUCUUGCGGCUCCUAUCACCUUUAAAUCCCUUCCCUUCUCAGCUUCGCUACCUUCAGUAUGUAGCACGAAGGAAUAUAGCUCCUGAGUGGCCUCCUCCUGUGCGUGCACUUUCUUUAGAUUGUCUCAUUCUUCGAGCCAUUCCAAGCUUUGAUACCCAAAAUGGAUGCAGGCCAAUCAUUCGCAUUUUUGGUAGGAAUCUUCAUAACGGAGAUGGCCUAUACACACAGAUGCUCUUCUCCAUGUCCAAGAAAAGCAAGAUGCUUCGACAUUAUCGUCAGGCUGACUGUGAUGUGAUUAAAAUUGACAUCCAGUGUUCAGUGCAAGAUGAUGUUGUAUUGGAGUGUGUCCAUUUGGACUUGGAUCCUGAAAGGGAAGUUAUGAUGUUUCGCGUAAUGUUCAACACUGCUUUCAUUCGAUCAAACAUAUUAAUGCUGAACUCUGAGAACUUGGACAUUCUUUGGGACUCAAAGGAGCGGUAUCCAAAAGGUUUCCGAGCAGAGGUUUUGUUUGGGGAGGUUGAAAGUUCCUCCCUGCCUAAGGCUCCUAUAACAAUUUUAAAUGGUGAGGAGAAAGGGGGAUUACCUAUUGAAGCUUUUUCUCGGGUUCAAGAACUUUUUAGUGGUGUUGAGUGGGUUGAUAACAGUGAUGAUGCUGCAUUGUGGCUACUUAAACAACUUUCUGUCUUGAGUGAUGUAAAAGAAUUGUCCAGAUUGCAGAAUAAAGGAAAUUUGUAUGCAUCUCCUGCUGACUCUGAGGAAGAAAAUAAUGCAUCUAGCACUGCUGAUAGUUCAGAUGAAGCAUUUGAUUUAAUCAAUAAACCUUCGGUGGAUCCAACAAUAUCUCUGCUGCCAGACAUUGUUGAUACAAUUCCCUUACAUUUAGAAAGUGAUGGUUUACUCGAUUUAGAUCAUGCAUCAGUCGAAACUGUUCAGAUAGUUUCAAGUUCAGGAAUGCCAUCUCAUUUGUUUUCUCCACUGCCACCUUCAGCACCUCUUGUUUACACCAUACCUCCAGCACCUCCAGCGCCUCCAGCGCCAACUCUAAUAUCUGGGAAAAGUCUUUCUUUAAGAUGUGCACCUCCAGCACCUCCUCCUCCUCCUCCACUGCAUCUACCUUCAUCUGUCAACAUCAUUAGACCUUUUUCACCCCCAUCCCCCACCUCCACCUCCCCUCCACCCCCACCCCCUGCUUUUCCUAGUUUUUCCAAAGGAGAUUGUGCUACAUCUUUGCUUGCCACUGCUAAAAUAGGUCCUCCACCACCUCCACCUGCAGCUACCAAAAGGGGCUCAGCAUCUCCUCCCCCACCCCCAUUCAGCACUUCCAAAGAGCUACCACCAACCCCACCCCCUCUUGCACUUUCCACUCAAUUGCCAUCCCCACCCCACCCCCACCCUCCCCCUCCCCCGCCCCUACCCCCACCUCUUCUUCCGCCUUCCUUGGGCAGCAAAUCCAAUAAUCAAGAGCCACACAGACCACCACCACCACCACCACCACCACCAACGUCACCUCCAAUGACAAUUUCUACUACUAGUUUCUCCCAUAGGGGACCUGCUCCACCUGUUCAGUGGCAUAAUACUAAUGUCCCUCAGCCACCUCCGCCUCCACCUCCACCUCCUACAGGACCUGCACGGCCGGGUCCUAUUCCUCCUCCUCCACCUCCUGCACCAAAAGCUCCUGCCGUGCCCCCUCCGCCACCAGGCUGCAGUAAAAUGGUUGGUCCACGGCUGCCAGGUGCAAAGGUGUCCAACGUGCCACCACCACCACCUCCAUCUAUUGGUAGGGUAAAAGCUUUGGGACAGACUAGUCAUGGAAGAGGUAGAAUCAUUGGCAUGAGUAAUACCCCUAAGAGAAACUCGUUGAAGCCAUUACAUUGGGUCAAAGUCACUCGAGCAAUGCAAGGGAGUUUAUGGGCUGAUUCUCAAAAGCAGGAUAAUCGGUCAAGGGCCCCUGAAAUUGAUAUGUCCGAACUUGAAAGUUUGUUCUCAGCAGCCUCUGUUUCAGAUGGGAGUGGUGCUAACAAACUUGGAGGUCGACGUGGUUCUAACAUCAACAAACUCGAGAAAGUGCAAUUAGUUGACUUGCGCAGAGCAUAUAAUUGUGAAAUAAUGCUCACAAAAAUAAAAAUCCCUCUGCCGGAUAUGAUUAACGCAGUUCUAGCAUUGGAUUCUUCAGCUCUUGAUAUUGAUCAGGUGGAGAAUCUGAUUAAAUUUUGUCCCACUAAGGAAGAAAUGGAACUGCUAAAGAAUUAUACAGGCGACAAAGCAAUGCUUGGGAAGUGUGAACAGUUUUUCCUAGAGUUGAUGAAGGUUCCACGAGUAGAAUCAAAAUUAAGAGUAUUUGCAUUUAGAAUCACCUUUUCCAGUCAGGUGGAUGACUUAAGAUCUAACUUGAACACCAUUAAUAAUGUGACUGCAGAGGUAAAAGAAUCUAUGAAAUUGCGUCAGAUAAUGCAGACAAUUCUCACAUUGGGAAAUGCUUUGAAUCAAGGCACUGCUCGAGGAUCGGCGGUGGGAUUCAAAUUGGAUAGCCUCCUUAAAUUAUCUGAUACGCGUGCUAGAAACAACAAAAUGACUUUAAUGCAUUAUCUAUGCAAGCUUCUAUCAGAGAAAAUGCCAGAGUUGCUGGAUUUUGAUAAAGAUCUUAUUCAUUUAGAAGCUGCUUCUAAGAUUCAAUUGAAAGCUCUUGCUGAAGAAAUGCAAGCUGUGAGUAAGGGUCUUGAAAAGGUUGAGCAAGAACUCACCGCUUCUGAUAAUGAUGGUGAUAUCUCUAUGGGCUUUAAGAAGGUGUCGAAGAAUUUUCUUGAUACUGCUGAAGCUGAAGUAAGGUCACUUAUCUCCUUAUAUUCUGAAGUGGGAAGAAACGCUGAUUCAUUAUCUCAGUACUUUGGAGAGGAUCCUGCCCGAUGUCCAUUUGAACAAGCGACUCAGAUAUUGGUAAUUUUUGUUAAGAUGUUCAAUAAAUCACGAGAGGAGAAUGAGAGGCUGGCUGAUGCUGAGAAAAAGAAAUUGGAGAAGGAAGCCAUGAAAGAGCGGGCAGCGGGAAAUUUAUCUGCUAAAAAGGAUGGAGCUGACAUGGAUGAGCCAAAUCUUACAUCUCAAAUCCAGAAACAUUCUCCAAAACCGUAAGGAAGCUUACUAUCGAGCAACAAUGAAAGCUGCAUGUUCGGCUUGCAGGUGUCGAGGGCAUAGUUGAAGACUUUGAUAUCCUCAUUCAGUAAAUAAUCGCCUGGAUUUUUCAGUCUUGGUGGUUGGG